UUAAAUGUUAUUUCCAUUCCCUUGGCUUGAUAGUUGAUCCCUUCUCUGCCUAUAAAACUGCAAAUCCAUCAAAAUCCCAAAUUUUAGGGUUUCCGUGUCCAAUCCAAGGGCUUCGCUUAUGAAGAUUUAGAGAAAAGGGUUGAAAGUGAUCAUGGAUUUGGGAAACGAAUACGUGGAAGAGAACGAAGUGAAUCAUGAUGAAAAUGGAAACGGUGGUUCUUACGGUAACGAUAAAUUUGACUUGGGUUUCGAGGGAAAUUCGGAUGUCAACGGAUUGGAUCGAAAGGGAACGGGUGUUGAAGUUGAAGUAGGUAGUGGGGAAGGCGAGAAUUCCAAAGGGACACCGACAAAGGGGUUUGGGUUGAGGAAAUGGAAGAGAAUUAGGAGGAAUGUUGUUAAGGAUCCGAAUUCAAGUGUUGAUUCAGGUAAAGCGUUGAAGAGGGGUUUGUCUGGUAAUGCCAAUUUGAGUGAAAAUCAGCCUUUUCUGCGUGAUGUUAAGGAGAGAAGUGACGGAUCUUCGAAUAUGUUUGGGAAUGUAGUGUUUUCUGAUGGCAAUGUGAUCCAUGGUUCGAGUUCGGAUUCUAGAUAUGCACAUGGAUCUGGUUUUGUUGUUGGGACUGAUUCUGAGAAUAGUGAGGAUCGAAGUAGCAAGUCUUCUACGGCGGCAAGUGAGCCCAAUUUAAGUCUCGAGAAAAGCCGUAGCAGGAACGUUAAUUCAAAGCAUUUAGCAAACUCGGCUCAACGAGUUCAACAGGGAAAGGGACGGACUGAAAGCAGUAAGAAGCCGGGAGAAGGUGGAAGAGUCAAAAUUGAGAAGGAAAAUUCUUUUUCUAGUUUGGAAUCUGAUUCAAGAAGCUCCAACUUCAGGCAAGGUGUUUUUACUGUUACUAGUAAUGGGAAACACAGUGGCAGGCCAAAUGUUUAUGAUGGAAUUAAUAGUGGUGAAGCACACACUAAUGAACAUUUCACUGAGGGAGUUGAAGCUAGUUAUGGAAAUGAAAACCUUGUUGAAGAUGAAGAAGAUCUUCUACCAGAGAACUUAGCUACAAAAUUGUCUUGGGAUGUUACGGAAGAAAAAAGUGUGAACAACCAAUCUUCAGCCAUUGAAGAUCCCUUAAUUGAAUCCAUUAGUAGUCUCCAGGCUGUCCAGGAGGCACUUCAAGAAGAACUCCAAAAAUUCAGGGAGAUUGAGGUUGAAGCCAUUUCACCAGAUGAUGACUCAGCCAAGUGUAGCAGUGCAUCUGCUGGUAUUACUACUUUUCAUGUUGGACAUAAUAAGUCAAGCCAAUCUGUUCAGUCUGGUGCAGAAGAAAUUAAACAAACUGCUUCAAGUUCCUUGGAUCCUCAGGUAUUGAGCCUGACACAAAAUAUAAAUAUUUUGGAAAGCAAGUUGGAGGAAUUACAGGGUGAGCUUGCUCUGAAGGACUCCAGGAUUGCUGAACUCGAAACAUCCUUGAGUAGUGGUAAGAUUUCUAGGGAAGAAUCUGCUAGCACCGCAGGUUUGUCGGACAAAAAAUGUAAAGGGGUUGAGUCUGAGCUGGAGGCCCUUUUUAUGCUAAAGAUUGAAGCUGAGGUUGAAUACCUAGCCAUCUCAAAGGUAAUGCAGAACUUGAAGGAUGGGGCAAGUUUGCAACAGACAUUAUUGGAAGAACAAGAGAAACUUUCUGAAAGUCAAGCGCAGGUUCUUGACAAAGUUGUAGAUGCAGAGAGUAAGGCUUCAGUGCUGAAGAACAAAGCAGAAGAGUUGGAAAAAUAUUGUGGUGAUAGUGUAGUAGUUGAGGAGUCUUUUGUGCUGCAGAGAAGAGUAUGUAAGGUGACAUUUUAUCUUUUCAUACAGUUUAUGUUUUUAGUUUUGUUCUUUUGGCUUUUCAUGUCACAGUUAUCACCCAAUUCUGGGAUGGUUGUACCCACUUAGGUCUGCAAAAUUAGGUCCACUUUGUGCAAUCUCAAGUUUUUUUUUCUCCCUGAUCUUUGAAUGUAAAAUUUCGAUGUUAUAUAAAACUCUGACCCUUCUUUCUCUGGGUAGGGGGAGAGCGUGCAUUUGCUCUCUUUGUUUUAAUAUCAUUUUGUCCACAGCCCCUUGUAAUUUGGGCUUGGCAAAACAAUUGUAAUUGUUAGUUUUGUUUUCCCGAGCAUAAUUUUAAUAUACAGUUAUUUGAU